AUGCCGCCGCCAAGGAUAUCACAAAGCCUGAUGGCUCAAUUCAGUCGAUUGAACAUCUCUGCAUCGCAGCCAACACUACUACAACAGACAUGCCUUGUCAAACCCCAAACCAUAGCACCUAGUGUUCUUUCCUCCACUCGCCUCUUCUCUACAACUCCCACCCGCCUCAACUACCUCGCUCCCAAAGCCGGCGAGUCACGCAAAUCACGCAAAGGCCGCUGUCGCGUCCCCACCGGUGGCUCCAUGCGCGGCACAACUGUCGUCUGGGGCGACUACGGCCUGCGCAUGCGUGACCACGACCGACGCAUAUCCGCCCAUCAACUCCGCAUCGCCGAGGAAACCAUUCGCAAGCGUCUCCGUGGCAUGAAGUUCCGCCUCUACAUGCGCAUCGCUGCCAACAUUGGUGUGUACACGUCUGGCAACGACGUCCGAAUGGGAAAGGGCAAGGGAAGCUUUGACCGCUGGACGUCGAGGGUGGCGGUGAGCAAGAUUAUCUUUGAGAUUCAGGGAGACUUGCACGAGCAGGUGGUGAGGGAUGCGUUUAGGCUUGCGGGCAACAAAUUGCCGGGACUGUAUGAGUUUGUGAAAAAGGGUGAUGCACCGGUCAUGGGUCUUACAAAGGUGGGCUUGAACGGAAUUACUGCAGAAGACCUCAAGAGGCCGAGGAGGAAGGAGCCGCUUGAGCAGACGGCCGCGAGGAUUCCUGAUGCUUCUUCAUCUGCACCGGCGAAUGGACCAAGGGUGGAGAUGUAA